AAAUAAAAAAUGGUUUGAAGAUUGGUGGUGGGGUCCAAAUUUUCUUAUCGCUAUAUAAAUAUUCGUGGAUUUCUUUGUGUUUGGUCCCAAUGCUUUGCUCGUCGACUCGCCUCUUCCGUAGAAAUCUUUCUAUCUCUGCUAUUUCGUCUUCUUUUCUGCUGUCUAAUCGAUUCUCUUGCGGUUCUAAGCGUACCCUUUUCGUUUCUUCUCAAAUUCCUUCUUUUUCUUCCAGUUUUAUAGAUACCCGAGCAAAUUUUCAGAGACCCAUUUGGAGUUCUUUGAGAUCCGAACAUACAAUGGCUAGCCAAUCAAAGACCGGAUCCAUCCAUGACUUCACUGUUAAGGAUGCUAAGGGAAAUGAUGUUGAUCUCAGCAUCUAUAAGGGGAAGGUCCUCUUGAUUGUUAAUGUCGCAUCGCAAUGUGGCUUGACCAAUUCAAACUACACUGAGCUUGCACAGGUGUAUGAGAAAUACAAAAACCAAGGAUUGGAAAUUCUGGCAUUCCCUUGUAAUCAGUUUGGAGCUCAGGAACCAGGGACCAAUGACGAGAUUGUAGAGUUUGCAUGCACUCGUUUUAAGGCCGAGUAUCCCAUCUUUGAUAAGGUGGAUGUGAAUGGUGACAAUGCGGCUCCAGUGUACAAGUUCUUAAAAUCAAGCAAAGGUGGACUCUUUGGGGACAGCAUCAAGUGGAACUUUUCCAAGUUCCUUGUUGACAAAGAUGGAAAUGUUGUUGACCGCUAUGCACCCACAACUUCUCCACUUAGCAUUGAGAAGGAUAUAAAGAAACUUCUGGGGGUUGCAUAAAUCAGCUCUCUAAAUUAGGAUUCUACUAUGAAUAAGCAUUGUAAUGAGCACUCUCUCAUAAUGUAUUGCCCCGAUGGAGGACAUAUGCAACGGUUUAUACUCAAAUUAUGUAUUUAGUGAAACAGCACUUUAUGUUCAAAUGAAAGCUUAAUUGUUAUAAAAUUUGAGCUCUUCAUCUA